CUUGAAGUUGCUGCUUUUGACGAUCAAAAGUCAGAGACUCAAGAGCUGGUGCGGAAAAGGAACAUACCUGGCUAUACUCUCAUACUUUUUGACUUCUGGCAAAGAGGAGCGGCCUGCUUGAAAGCAGAGCAGCUGACCAAGAAGAUUCAAGAUGGCCGCGCUCUUCGACAAGUCCAGAACGUGGCGCAGAAUUGUUGCACUUGGAAAAGCGUCCCCUGCUUUCUUCUGGGGCUUCACAGCCACCACCGUCGGCGCGGCCGGCCUGCUCGCUUAUCUGACGCAGAAGGCCACAACUCGCAACACAGAUGAGUUCCGAGAGGAGCUCCUGAAGCGCGGCCGAAAGGACGCGGUUCUGGUUAACUCUGCUAACAAGGAGAGGUUAGGGCAGCUGCUAAAAGAGAUUCAGCAGAAGGAUGACUUUGAGGAUAGGUACAAGGCGGCGUUGAAUGGGGAGACACUGACUGGUACGCCAGGGGCUCGUAUGAGAGGGGGGAGUGGGACCAGUGCGACACCGGAGUGGGUCGCAAAGGCAACAGAGGCGCAGCGGUUGGCGCUUGAGAAGGAGAAGGCAGGGGCGAUGCAGAAGGUGGUCGAGAGUAGUUCGCAGCGGAGGAAGCAGAAUGAUGAGGUUAAGGCAAUUGCUCAAAGAAGAAUAGAGGCGAGGAGCAGUCAGGGUCAAGAGGGAGGCGUGGAUACAAAGAUUGGUGGUGACACGAAAGUUGCAGGUCUGGCAACUCCGUGGUGUCUUUGA